CCGUUAGUGUGCUAUAUAUCAAGCUCCCUUCGAUUUACCUUGAAGUUGAUUUGCCCAGGUUUUGAUUUUUAAUACUAAAUCCUUUGUACAGAUCACGGUUAAUCCGCCUUCUUGAUCUUAAUUCUUUAGGCACCCUGUGGAAAUGUUUUUUCGUGUGUGUAUUUAUAUUUAACCCAAGGAAGAUAUGAAAUCUUAGUCAUUCUGCAUUAGAGAUUAUGAAGAAUGGGAUGCGGCCCCAGCAAGGAUGAGAGCGCACACCCUGUGCGGUCCUCCGACACGUACACUCUGAAUCUCUUUGGAGUUUACGAACGUGUCUGGGAUUUCCGAGAGACACAUGACGUAUUUCAGGCUCAGGCGCCGCCUAAAUGCAUCCAGCUAUGGGACGACCCUGUCCUCUGUACCCCCAAAGACUGCCAGUCCUUUCGGGCUAAGAUAGAGGGCGUUCACUCUCUGCUGCUCUGUAAGGACCCAGAGAACCCAGACUUUAACCAGGGGGAACUGGACACCAGCUAUUUCCUCACUGUCAUCGAAAAACUGACGUCACGCACUGACAUCAUCAAACACCUGAUACCCAACGACACACUGCGGACCGUCCACAAGAAGGUGGAGGUUUACGUGGGGGUGGUCCACUGCCGGGUGUGGAGGGCAGGCCGCUGGGUCGACAUCUUCGUGGACGACUCCGUGCCCUCAGUCGCUAACAGCGGGGGUAUACGUCUUCUCUCCUACUGCCACGACAAGGACGAGCUCUGGUUGACGUUUAUUGAAAAAGCUUGGGCCAGAUUUUGGGGAGGGUACUCUAACAUAGAGUAUGGAUAUAUCCAUGACACAUACUCCAGUCUGACCGGGGGAAUCUAUGACGCCAUCAAUCUGGAAAAGACGCGACUAAAGCCCGGUGAUAUCUACUUCCGGAUCCGGCGUGCGAUCUCCCAGGGUGCAAUUGUCGGCUGCGCCGUAUCUAGGAAGCAUGACGGAGUUUACGGUCUGACGGCUGGUGACACUUUCACUAUUGAAGACACUUACCAAGUUCAUACGCAAAGAGGGAAAGAAAUUCAUCUUCUACGCAUGCGUGAUCCUUUGGGAUACACGAUUUGGAAAGGUCCUUGGAACCAAAACGGCAGCGAGUGGGCGUCUUUGCCGCCGGAACACGACCAUAUACUGAGCUCUGUCAGCGACCAGGAAUUCAUCAUGGCGUUCCGUGACGUCAUUGCCUACAUGGAGUAUGUCUGUGUGUGUUCCAUGACACCGGUGGUCGACCAGGAAAACAACAACAAACCUGUACAUUUAAGGUUUUGUACACACAUAUUCGGGGAAUGGCGAGGACAGACCGCUGCUGGCAGCAAGAAGCUCUUGGACAACCCCAAAUUUUCCUUCACCAUUCCAAAGAGUGGUUUCAGUAAGGACCAGAGCCCGGUCAAUGUCGGCAUCUCCCUUCUCCAGUUCUGUAAGGACCGACUGGAUGGCAGGGUCCCCAUAACGCUCAGGAUGUUCAAGGCUAGACAGCAGAAACAAGGGAUGCUGAUCGAAGAGAUCGGGGAGACAUUUGAACAGAACUUUCAGCAGGUCCUGAGGACGAUGAAACUGAGGCCGGGGAAGUACAUGAUCCUCCCCCACACCGCCAAGAUGAACACCGAACGUCACUUCCUGAUCCGCCUUUAUACUGCAUUACCCCUCAGGACUAUUCAGUGGAUACCCUCUACUGAGCCUCUGCUAUUACUCAAAGAAGACAAACCCUUGACUCUGAAGGACCUAAAAUGUACAUUAGACUGCUGUGAGGAGGUGUGGGGCAGAUGGACAGAGGGGCUCCAGGGAGGCUACAUAUACGACAGGGACUUCGACCUGAACCCCCAGAUCGACAUUUCGGUACCCGAGGGGGGAGAUGAACUAAAACAGGUGAUUCGAUUCAAAGUACUCAAAGACUGGAAUUCAGACGAUGCUUGCCUUGGGUUCAGACUGUUCAGGAUAGGACCGGAAGACGCGGUUCCCAAGGAGACACAAUGGCUGUACAACAACUGGGAGCACACCGUGAGAUGUAGGGACGGAUCCAUUGAGGGGUGGGAGUGGGAUUACCUCGCCCCCACGUUCCUUGUGGAACCGGGCCGGUACUGCGGCAUUCUGUACAACGAGAAACCGGGCGGAAGUGACACGGCCUUCUGUAUCAUGGUGUACUCUGCUGUUCCUUUACAGAUCAAAGGCUACAACUUGGGUAACUGAAAAAAGGAGCUGUUGAGCAAUAAACAUAACGAAGCAGAAAUGGCCCCCCUCCGAAUUAUUUAGGAAUCUGGUCUUACGAGGACGAGGAAUAAUAAACGAUGUAAAAACACAGUGAGACGCUGACUAACGCGGUAUCCCCAGCCAGUAUACUGAAGGAAAUCCCAGAAAAACUUCUCCGUUUGAAGCAAACAAUCUGUGCGGGAAAAAAAAAAUUGGUCAAAAUGAUGGGCAUUAUAUAAUAUAUAUGUAAAUGAAGAACAUUAGAUCGAUGUCCAUGUGUAUCUGUAUUAUUAUUCAUACUCAGACACCCUACUACAAGCGUGAACAACAACUGGGUACAUUUUUAAAUAUUUGUCAUAUAAAUUUGCUCUAUACAUUUUAAAUUGUAAGAUUAAUCUUAUAAUAUUAAACUUAUACAAUGUAUGUAAUUUAAACUUAGAGAUACUUGUAUCAUAUUCAGUCAGUUGGCUUUACAUGUACACGUUUGUAUACCGGUCAUAUAUAUACGCUCCUUGUAAAAUUGACGUGUCCCACCAAUACAUGUAUCAUUAAAGGGUUCACGUCUGACAUACAUGUAUAACAUAUAGGAAGGCAAUAUGACUGUGUGUUUUCAGCAACUGGAAAACGACAAAAAUACUUCACUCUUGUAAACAUGCGAGCCAGGACACUAAGAUAGCAAAUGUGACUUGCAUUUCCGGAAGAUCGUAUGGUAUAGACCUAUGCAGUCAGUUUGAAUUUUAAGUACAUGUGUGUGUAAAUAUAUUUUUAAAAGACUCGCUAUCAUCUUUAUUUAACUGUUCAGGAAAAUGAAAGUACGAAAACUUCAUGAAUUUCGCUCUUACUCACUAAAUUUCGUUUAUCCUAUUGAUUGAAAAUCUAUACUUACAAAUUAAGGCAUUUUGCAAAUAAACUACAAAAUGCCUGCACCAGAGUACCUGCUUACAUCUUUGGUAUUUCAACACAUGGGUGAUGAUGUCCGUAAGGUAUAAUUGAAUUUUAACUAAUAGGUUAUUAUUGUGAAAUUAAUCAAAAACCUACCUUCAUUUUCGAUAAACAAGCCCAAAAUAGCAAAAAUGAGAGAAAGGUGGUGGACACGCUUUGGCAGAUCAAAGACAGGGAAAUAAUAUUGAAUAGUUACGUAAACAGUAAAUACAUUUAUUAGAAACUUACCAGGAUUACACAUAGAAGUUAAGAUUUGACAAAUGUUGAAUAAAUGAAAGAAGGCAAUUCGUUUCUUGAGUGGGUGAUUUUAGUUUUGUUUUGAUAGAUAGAAGCUAGCGCUUCGCGACCUCUAGAGAAAGAAUGGAAUAGAACUUUCCAGAACGGGGUAACCAAGAACGAGGUUUGACUAAUUAACGUCUUGGCGAAAAGUGUCCGACGAUUAUUUCAGCUUGCCCCGGGGGGGGGGGGGAGGUGUUGAAGUAUAUUUUUGUUAUCUUUUUUAAUGUUAUUUAAAGAAAUUAGAAUUUUACAGGGAGGGGGCGGACCUCCUAACCCCUCUCUAGAUCCGCGCAUGAAGAAAAAAUUCGGACACAAUAUGUACGGGAAAAAAAUAUGAUUCAACAUUAUUGCAUAAUGUCAUUCAUUUGUUACGUAUUAAUUCCCGCGCUCGCGCGGGUUAUCAUCUAGUAUGAUAUAAUUUUAGAGUGGAAUUUAUAUAGAUAUUGUUACACACCCAAGCGAUUUGUGUCGCGAAUAUCCAAAUAAAUAAAAUUACGGUUUUCCGUCACUUCCUGUAAUUGAGUUGAUCUUCCUAAGUGUAGUGAAUUAUAAAUUUUGAAUUUUCAUCCUUAAAGUGUCAUCUGUUUUUUACACUUUAUUCAUUUAUAUUAAUAAAAAAAAAGAUCUUAACCGUUUUCCACGCACUGCAUGGUAUAUGCACCGAACCAUCAUUUAUAUCAUCUGUAAAAAGUAAAAAUAA